CGAACGGCGCCCUUGUUGUGUCAACACAAACGGAACCCAACGGUGAAGCUAGUGAUGAAGUUUGGACGCCAACUCCUGACUCUGAUGUUGAGUGUUUGAACUGCAUGAGGUGCAACCUUCUGCCAGUGCUGUUUUGUAAUUCUGCUGCUGCCAGGAUGGGCCAGCAGCUCUCAGGUCAGGCGGUGAUGACCCGUCUGCCUGAGAAGCUGGUGAAACACGCUGGACUGGUACGUGACAGCGGCUAUCUAACCUACGAGGAGUUUCUGGCAAGAGUGGCUGAACUUAACGAAGUAACGGCCAAGCUAGCUACUGGACAGCAGAAGCACCUGCUGUUUGAGGUGCAGCCAGGAUCUGAUGCCACAGCCUUGUGGAAGGUGGCUGUCAGGAUCCUCUGUACCAAGAUCAACAAGGAGAAUGGUAUGGUGGAAGCAUCACGCAUCAUGAACCUGUAUCAGUUCAUCCAGCUGUACCAUGACGUCACCAGCCAGGCGGCUGAGGUUCUGUCUGCAGAGGGCGCCACCGAGGGCCCGUCUGCCCAGCUCCCCUCCACAGACUCCUGUCAGGCCAGCAUGUGGAUGGGCAGAGUGAAGCAGCUGACUGAUGAGGAGGAGUGUUGUAUCUGCAUGGACGGAAAGGCCGACCUUAUUCUGCCCUGCGCACACAGCUUUUGUCAGAAGUGCAUUGAUAAAUGGAGUGGGCAGAGCCGAAACUGUCCGAUAUGUCGUCUACAAGUAACUGCUGCCAAUGAAUCAUGGGUAAUGUCUGAUUUUCCCACAGAGGACGACAUAGCUGGCUACAUCCUUAACUUGGCUGAUGAGGCGGGCCACCCACACAGGCCUUAACACACAGCACACUGAGCAAACUACUGUACAUGACAAGGGAAAUCGACCCAUACCAAGUAGACUUUACAUGUUGCAUCACUAAAUGUCACCUUCACUGAGGAGGAGAUUUUCUUUCCUUAAAUAUCUAACAAUGCAGAAGAAACUAGCAGGGUUUCCUACUCCUUAUGUUCUUAGUGACUGCUUCAGAAAAUCAAACCUUGUCUCUUUUAAGUCCUAUAAAAGUAUCGUAGAUGUGUUGCUUUAUGGGAACUGUGUGUGAUACAUUGUCUGAAGUGAAAAUUCAGUAUUUGUAAUAUGUUAUAAUAAAUUAUAAUUUAUUCAUUUAACACACAGAAUAACCAAAAGCACAAGUCUUACAGUAAAUGUUGGGUUAAUUUAACCAACGUGGAAGAAAAAGACCUGCCUUUCAUGUUAAUAUCAAUGGGACAGAGGCUGAGACAAAGUAGGCGAACUUGUAUUCAGAGAGGGUUGAUAAAUGUGACUCAAAUAUUCAUUGUCGUAAAAUUUGAAUGAAUAGUUUGACGUUUUGGGAAAAUACACUUAUUUGCUUCUUGGGGAGAGUUGGAUGAGGAGAUCGAUACCACUCUCAAGUCUGUCUGUGAUCUACAAACCUACAGCCAACAAAUUCAAGACACCCAGUUUUUGGUCAAACUGUAAAACCAAAUUUAUUUUGCACCCGUAUAGCGGUUCUGUGAUCUGUACAAUAUAACCCUGCAUGUUUAUAUCCCACAUGACAUGCCUUAUGAGCCCUGUUAUGUGAACCUGUAUAAACUGAUGUUCUGGUCCAGUUCAGAACCUGACAGUGACUGACAGUCUUUUGGGUGUACAGGACUAAAUAGUUUUAUAUGAUUUUAAUGACUUGGCUUGCUGUGGUGUCUCAUUCACUUAUGGAAAUCACCACUAUUUGUCAUCCUCUCUAUAUUUUUUUAAUUUACAGUCAUUUUGUCAAGGUUAUUUUAAAAUGAUUGCUGUAGAAGUACUGUAGUUUACAUUUCCAAAAGUCUUGUCUUUGCUUUGCUCUGCUUUGUCAUGCCUGCGAUGAAAGAUAACUGAUUUAUUGAGGUAGACAGCUGGAAAUUAACAAAGAAUUUAAGUAGAAUUUAAAACUACAAAAUAGUUUUAUUUCCAGAUCACAUAAAUCACAGGCAGCACUUUUACUUUAAGAGCAUGUAGGACUAAAUUCAUGCUGUAGUAUUUCAUAAAAUGUGAAAAUGUAAUGACCCUAAUUUUCAUUAGUGAUACAUUUCUAUUUUACUGAAAUCUAAUGCAUUUAAAGUUGUAAUGAUAUGGAAUGCUAAUUUAGCAUUUUGUUGUGUGACAUUCUCCAAGUUAAUCCGUUUUGUAUCACAUUUCGAUCAUUUAACAGAUUUUUGCAAAUAUGAGAAAAUAACUUCAGGACUUACAUGAUAUAAACCUUUUCAUUACCUGGAUAUUUCAUUUUUGUUCAUUUAAUAGACUAUAAACAUGUGAAUUUUAAUUUGACCAAAAGUAUAUUUUGGUUGUCGAUGGUGACAAAUCGCACUUUUAAUCCUUACUGUAGUUUUCUCUGUAUUUGUGCAUUACAACAACAGAUGAUUUCCAUCUCUGUGGUGGAAAAUAUAAUCUGACGCUGUAAUUCUUUUACAGCAGUUGAGGCCAGGCAGCAGUAAGAGACUUUCUUCGCUAAAUUUAACAGGAGCUUAUUCAGAGACAGUCUGAUCUAGGGGUCGCAUUACUGCAUGGUCCAUUCAAAAUGUAUAAAACAAAACAUUUAAUAUAUUAGAACAAGUUAACUUUGGUUUCAAGGCCUUGCUUCAUAAUAGAUUACUAUAAAGCUUCUGAUAUCUACAUACACACAUUGUAUGUAAAUUUGCUGAAUUGAAGGAGUUGUAGGCCUGUUGAAAUGAAUUGAUCCUUACUGUAUUAUCCUUAAUAAAGAGAUACUCACUUUUUGCACUUUGA